CUUCCUUUUCUCAACAUAUAAAAGAAAUUAGAAAACGCAGCCAUGAAGAGAAGUAAUUUGCAGGGAGGAGUAGGAGAGCUUGAUAGCUUAACCAUGGCGAACUGCUUGAUGCUGCUGUCUCAAGGAGGAAACUUUUAUGAAGGUUCGACCAUGGCGGCAGCAAACCCUAUUAGGGUUUUCGAGUGCAAGACGUGUAACAGGCAGUUCCCUUCGUUUCAAGCUCUGGGUGGUCACAGAGCGAGCCACAAGAAACCGAGGUUGAUGCCGACUACGACCGAAGAAGGGAGUGGUAAUACUGCAGACAAGGACUCAACCGCGUCGCUAUCGUCGUCGUCGUCUCCGGCGAAGCCCAAGACUCACGAGUGCUCCAUCUGUGGGCUGGAGUUUGCCAUCGGACAAGCUCUCGGCGGUCACAUGAGGCGCCACCGUGGAGGUGGAAGUAGCAGAAAUGAAACGACAAUCGCCGGCCACCACCACCACCACCAGCCUCUUCCUGCCCCUCGGGAUUUUGACAAUAAAACUCUGGUGAAGAGAUCUAACAGUAGGAGGGUUUUGUGGUUGGAUCUGAACUUGACGCCGAUGGAGAACGAUUUGGAGUUGUUUAAGCUUCAGAAAACAUCUCCCAUGGUGGAUUGCUUCUUCUAAAACAACACCUAUCUUGUGGUAUAUGUAACUUAAACUCUUAAUUUCUUUUUAUUUUUUGUCUCAUAUAUAUCUAUAUACAUACACAAUAUAACAGGCCGGGUUAAUUGAUUUUUCUUCUUCUUCUUCUUCUUCUUCUUGUUAUCUGUUCAUGU